AUGUCGGCAUUUGGCUUUGCCGGUUUCGGAGGGCCCAACACCCAACGUGAAAUGCCUAUCCAUGCGAUAGUGGUACGGGAAAUUGACGAUGGACCGUGGCGGCAACACGGACGCUGCAUGGCAUAUGUGCCUUCCUCAUUCCCACCGCGACCUGGAGUGAAACUACCUAUGAUUUUUCUACAUCAUGAGGGAUUUACAUUCAAGCUACGAUCCGCUGGUGAAUUGGAUCCUGCCGAAUUGAAACGACUGCGAAGAAAGGCUGAAGAAAGCUUGAGUUUCGGGGAUGAGGCAAUU